CCACCGCUGCCUUCCCCUGCUGGGCGCCCGCCGCGGCUCAGGCCUGGGAGUCGGCUGCAGGCGGGCGAGUGUGUACUGGGCGCCCGCGCGGGCUGCUGGGCCGCGCACCCUCCUCCUCGCAUCCCGCUCUCGGACAUGGUGGCCCCCGGCUCCGUGACCAGCCGGCUGGGCACGGUGUUCCCCUUCCUGCUGGUCCUGGUGGACCUGCAGUACGAAGGUGCUGAAUGUGGAAUAAAUGCAGAUGUUGAGAAACAUCUUGAAUUGGGCAAGAAAUUACUUGCAGCUGGACAGCUAGCUGACGCUUUAUCUCAGUUUCAUGCUGCAGUAGAUGGUGACCCUGAUAACUAUAUUGCAUACUAUCGGAGAGCUACUGUCUUUUUAGCUAUGGGCAAAUCAAAAGCAGCACUUCCUGAUUUAACUAAAGUGAUUGAAUUGAAGAUGGAUUUCACUGCAGCAAGAUUACAGAGAGGUCACUUAUUACUCAAACAAGGAAAACUUGAUGAAGCGGAAGAUGAUUUUAAAAAAGUGCUCAAAUCCAGUCCAAGUGAAAAUGAAGAAAAGGAAGCCCAGUCUCAGCUUAGAAGGUCUGAUGAAAUGCAGCGUUUGCGUUCACAAGCGCUUGAUGCUUUUGAAAGUGCAGAUUACACUGCUGCUAUACCCUUCCUUGAUAAGGUUUUAGAGGUUUGUGUUUGGGAUGCAGAACUACGGGAACUUCGAGCUGAAUGUUUCAUAAAAGAAGGGGAACCUCGGAAAGCUAUAAGUGACUUAAAAGCUGCAUCAAAAUUGAAGAAUGACAAUACUGAGGCAUUUUAUAAAAUCAGCACACUGUACUACCAGCUAGGAGACCAUGAGCUGUCCCUCAGUGAAGUUCGUGAAUGUCUUAAACUUGAUCAGGAUCAUAAAAGGUGUUUUGCACACUAUAAACAAGUGAAGAAACUUAAUAAGAUGAUUGAGUCAGCCGAAGAGCUCAUCAGAGACGGCAGAUACACAGAUGCCACGAGCAAAUAUGAAUCUGUCAUGAAAACAGAACCCAACAUUGCUGAGUAUACAGUUCGUUCAAAAGAAAGGAUCUGUCACUGCUUUUCUAAGGAUGAGAAGCCUGUUGAAGCUAUUAGAGUGUGUUCUGAAGUUUUACAGAUGGAACCUGACAAUGUGAAUGCUCUGAAAGAUCGAGCAGAGGCAUAUUUAAUAGAAGAAAUGUAUGAUGAAGCUAUUCAGGAUUAUGAAGCUGCUCAGGAACACAACGAAAAUGAUCAGCAGAUUCGGGAGGGUCUAGAGAAAGCACAGAGACUACUGAAGCAGUCACAGAAACGAGAUUAUUAUAAAAUCUUAGGCGUAAAAAGAAAUGCCAAGAAGCAAGAAAUUAUUAAAGCAUACCGGAAAUUAGCGUUGCAGUGGCACCCAGAUAACUUUCAGAAUGAAGAAGAAAAGAAAAAAGCUGAGAAAAAAUUCAUUGACAUAGCAGCUGCUAAAGAAGUCCUCUCGGAUCCAGAAAUGAGGAAGAAGUUUGACGACGGAGAAGACCCUCUGGACGCAGAAAGCCAACAAGGAGGCGGCGGCAACCCUUUUCACAGAAGCUGGAACUCAUGGCAAGGCUUCAAUCCUUUCAGUUCAGGAGGACCAUUCAGAUUUAAAUUCCACUUCAAUUAAACUUUCUGCUCUUCUUCCUUAAUUUUUUAAAGAUUAAAAACAAAGAAAACAUUGUACUGGGAUCUCAAUGAAAACAAAUUUCAAAUCUUUGUCCAUGACCAAAGAGUUGUUUUAAUAGGAAAAGUCCACUUUAGACUGAAGGUUAAUGGCUUUGCCAGGGCAGGGAGGUGAGGAAUAGUUCUGCUGACAGAGCAGCUGUACCCAUUUCAUCGAUGUCCGGAAGUGGCUGGAAGCGACCCACCUGUGGAAGUGCUCAUGGAUCUGUCCCUUCCCCACACUGGCGCAGAGGUUCUUUUUCCCAGCGUGGCAGAGGACCCGUUUGGAGGAGCUGUCGUCUUCACGAGAACAGGCUGUGUUGCAGUAUUCUUAGGAGAAUGUGAACAGUUAAGGCACAUGGUCUUAGGGACAACUAUGCUUAGAUUUUGGUGGCGCCUCGCUAUUUGUAAGUGUUCAAUUAUUGCAUCCUCUUUAACAUGCAAGCCUUCUGCACCAGUGUCAACACGGCUGUCGGUAAGAAGGGGCAGAGUCCAUUUGGUAGGAAACUUGCCACCAAAUGGUAGUUUGUACAUGUCCAGGUGUAGGCGGAGGAGCGAUGUUAAGCGUAUUUUGGGGGUGGUUGGUACCUAGACAAGGAUACUAAUUUAACUUGAAUUUAAUUGCAAAAACUUAUGGGCCCUUUUGUUUACUAUUAAACAGAACAAGUUCACUAAAAGUAAUAUGGAAAACAGGUUCAGAUAGUGUAUCUGUGGUAUUAUUUAAGUAAUAUUGUUCAAGUUUAGUUUGAAAUACUUUUUAAGCAACCCAAGUUCUGAGUUGUGUUAGUAGGAUUUCCUAUAACACAACUGGCUUAGAAAUUUAAAGUUGCUUAGUCAACAGAAACACACAGAAUGCCAUGAUUGCUACUUCCGGGCAGUACAGUAGGGCGGCUUCUCUUAUAUGUGGGCCGAAGCAGCUUUCCCCUGGGAGCCGUUCACUGGUGCACAGCGGACAGCAGCUCUCCCCUCAGCCGGCCUGGGUGCCGGGAGGCGUGCGCCUACCUAGGAGGAAGGACAGACUUGAGAAUCAGGCACCUCUGGCUGUGUAUCACUUCAUUUAAGCAGAUGCUGUUUCCUCUGAGAUACCUUUCUGUUACUUCUUAAGAAGGUAACUAUCUAGAAAAUGUACUCUUCAGUCUUUGUAUAUUGGAUGAUUUUUGCCCUAAAAAAUGAGUGUUAUUAAAUCAAGAUUUUGAAUACUUAUGGAACUACUGAUGCUGCAUUUAAAAUCUAAGAUAAUUACUUAAGAUAUUACCUUUAUUCUAGAAAGGUUUUUGUUUUUGCCUUGAAGCAUUCUGAAACAUUUUAAGCAUUAAAAGGUCUAAUGUGUUGGUUUUAUGAAAUCAAGCAUUUUAACUCACGGAGGCAUCCUUUCCAUGGAUGUCAUAGAAGCCAAGCACAAAUAAUUUUCUUCUGUAGUCAUCCCCUUAAACAUAUGCAGAAAAAAAAUUUUAACUGAAGGACAGAAUCACAUAAUUGAGCAAAGCACUCAAGUGCUCUUCGCAUCUGUAGGAAUCUUUCUUACCAAUAAACUUAACAAUGCAUUUUGAAACUAGUGACGAGCUUGCAGUUUGUUUUAGUGACUCAGAUCUCAAGCCAGUGUGAAAUGUGCAAGGUAAAUUCAUCUUUGUUCUUUAAUCUUAGCAAUAUCAUUACCUCACUAAUUAUGUCAGCAGUGUGUAUUUAAAAAUCUGGUUCCUUCUGCAGAUGUCACUGUGAACCUCUUUGAAAUACAGUAAUGACCUCUACCUACUUUCAAAGGUAGAUUUCUACAUACUGAGGACAGAGGACACAGGACGCUCACCCUCGCCUUGGGAGAGGAUGCGAAGUUGCAGACAAGGAGCCAGAGGGGUCUGGGCUGCGGAGGGCCGGGCCGUGUGGGAGGUGUCUCUGGCCUCACUGUUUCCCAACUUGCUGCCCAGGCAGUUUUCUACAUUUUUACUUUUUCUUGUAACAAAAUUAACUGUGGAUUAAUGGAAAUGUGCAGAGCUACAGGCCUGUUGCAGUGAAAAGCAAGCUGCUUUGGUGCCAAGUGCGAACGCCGCGAAGAGGAACAAAUUCUCUGCCCUCUGCUGUUCUGCUGAUUAAUGAAGUAAUGACCUUUAAGUGCCAGCCUGGAUGGCCACUGGUAGUCUUCCGCUCCCCACCGGAUGGGAAGACGGCCACUGUGCUUCCUUACCCAGGGGCUAGGAGAGUGCUGAAUGUGUGAAGGGAUAGAACAGUCACUCCCCCCCGCCUGACAUAUGCAGUGUAAACACACUGAGAGCAUCUCCUCCUCCCCCGCUUUUUUUGGUGAGCCUACCUUCCACAUUCCAGUCCAUUUUUAGGGACUACAGGUGCCAAGUAACCUUUGUGGCUCUUCUGAGAAAAGUAAGAGCAGGAGAGGUGCCCUCUCCUUAGCUGUAUUCCAUUCCCCUCCUAACCAUACCUUCCCUGUGGGAGUUUCUGCGAUGGCGUGUCACAGGCACUUCCCACAGCAGGAAGUAUUAAACACAUCAGUUUUAAGCCUUAUAAAAAAGGUCCUAAUUCACUCCUCAGUUCUCAGAGCCCCUGCUUUCUGACCUUGAGUAGAGGAAAAUGAUAAAACAGUUAAGUAGCGUUGGAAGUAACAAUAUUAAUUUAAAAAUGUUUUUCUCUUUGGUCAGUGUUCUGUAAGUAUCAGUAUGAAAACUAGUUGUUAGAGUUCGGAUAGUAGAAUCUAAAACCUACCCACGAUUAAAAAAAACAUAAUCAUGUUUUAUGAAGGCCAGCAGGAUCACAAUUUAAAAUUGGCACCGUGUUGUGUUAUUGGUAGGUAGUGAAAAAUUUCAGGUUUAAAAGCAUGAGGUUGUACUUGGUGUCCACCAUAAAGAGCGUGUAAGAGGUGGAGGUUCAAAGUGGCUCUUCAGUCAGGCCUCUUAGAGCCGACAGCGUCACAGACCCGUGGCAGUGGUGCUGGGCCUUGUAAGAGGUCUCCAUGCAUUCAUAUCAGGAUAACCUGGACAGAUAAAAGCAGCUUUCUUGAAUGGGGUUGACUUUUCCAUGUUUAUAAAAAAAGGAAGAAGGCAAAUGCUAAUUUGUCAACUAAUAUCCUUGCUGUAGGUCAGAUCAUUCCUUUUCUGUUAAUGGUAGAAUUUAUUCUGUAAUUUUGAAUGCUAUUAAGAGGUGGGAAUAGUUUUUUCAGCUGAUCUCUUUGUUGAACGAUUUAAGCAUAAAAUUAGCCACUGCGUGGCUUCAUGUACAUUCAUCUGUGGAUGAAACGUUUACCUGCAGAGGAAAGCAGCGCACAGAGGAGGGGAAAAUUGAAGAUGCUUGACAAGGUGAAUUAUUAUUCUUACCCUGAGGUUUGUUUUGAAUGAGAAAAGGCUAAGUCCAUCUCAAUUUAGUGUUUUAAUAAAGGAACCGAAAAUUUGAAAUAAGUCUGACAUGUCUACAAAUAUGGGUACUAUUUUUUAUGCCCGUGUAUUUUCACAUUUAAUAAAAAUAUUUAUGGUCAUAUCAGUA